AUGGGUUCCGUACCUCAGCCUACCAGCAAUUUCGACGUUCUUAUCCUGGGCGCAGGUCUCUCCGGCCUAUGCUCACUCUACCAACUCAAGAAGCGCUUCCCAGAAUGGCGUAUCAGGGUUCUUGAUGCCGCUCCCGACGAGCUUCUUGAUGAGUGGCACUGGAAGGAGGCCUUUUCGCCCCAGCCAGAGACUCACAAGUAUAUCACCUACUUUGCUGAGAAGCACAAUCUCAAGAAGGAUGUUCAGUUUGACACUACUGUUACAAAGGCUACAUGGAGCGAGGCUGAUCACACAUGGACUUUUGUAGAUGAAUCUGGUAACGAAUACGUCUCCACGUUCUUCAUUAGCUGCAUGGGUUUCCUCUCUGCGGCCACUCUGCCUGCAAUUGAAGGUAUCGAAGACUUCAGCGGCAAGCUCUUUCAUACGUCUCGCUGGCCCAAGGAUCUCGACAUCAAUCGCGACUUUGUGGGCAAGAAGAUUGGAGUAAUCGGGACAGGCGCGACGGGCAUUCAAAUCACAACUGCCGUCUCCAAAGUGGAGGGGGUCGAGUCUCUCAGCGUCUUCCAACGCACAGCCAAUUGGUCCGCUCCUCUUCGCAACUCUGAAAUCACCAUUGAGCAAAUGGCCGAGCACAAGAAGAACUAUGAGAACAUCUUCAAGAUUUGUGAAACGAGUUCAUCUGGUUUCAUGCACCAUGGUGACCCUCGAAAGUCUCUUGAGGUCUCGGAAGAGGAACGCCUAGAGCUCUGGGAGAAGCUUUACAACACCCCUGGUUUUGGAAAGUGGCUGGGCGUGUUCUCUGAUACGUACACCGAUCGAUACGCCAACAGUUUGUACUCAAACUUCAUGGCUGAGAAGAUCAGACAAAGAGUUAACGACCCUGCUAUUGCGGAGAGCCUUAUUCCCAAAGACCACGGUUUUGGCACGCGCCGAGUCCCUAUGGAGAGUGGUUAUUUUGAAGCCUUCAACAAGCCAAACGUUCGCCUUGUUGAUCUUAAAAAGUCGCCCAUUGAUCGUGUCACGCCAUCAGGCAUCCUGACCUCCGAUGGCAAGGAGCACAAUCUUGACAUUCUGAUCUGCGCUACUGGAUUUAAUGCGAUUACCGGUGCCUUCAGUGCUAUCGACUGGCAUGGCAAGAAGAACCGGCCAUUGAUCGCAACGAGUGACAGCCCUAAGGGCGACCAAGCAGUUUGGGUUGACCAUCGACCCCGAACAUUCCUGGGCAUUACUGUUCCCUCGAUGCCAAACAUGUUCAUGGUUCUCGGUCCCCAUCAGCCGUUCGGUAACGCUACUCGCAACAUUGAGCACGGUGUGCAAGCUAUCUCAGAUAUGCUGCAGUACUGCAAGGACAACGGUUACACCUCUGUUGAGCCAACAGAAGACGCCGUUGAGCAAUGGACCGAGCAUGUGGUGAAGUGCAGUGAGAGCCAGGUUCUUAUGAAUGAGAUUGACAGUUGGAUGACAGGCGUGAACAAAAACGUCAAGGGCAAGAAUGUUAGAAGUGUUGCACGAUAUAGUGGUAGCAUUGGAGAGUAUCGAAGGCGGUGCGCGGAGGUCAAGAAGUCGGGCUACAAGGGUCUUGUUUUUGCAUAG